AUUUUUGUUGCGUUAAAAGACAGUAAUCAUUCGACUUUAUUCUGUGCAGUACAAAAGCGAUGCAAUUCAAAUUUUUGCCACUUCUCGUUCUGGUGUUGUGUGCCUUUUCCGUUGGUAAUGUUGCACAGAGCGACAACGGCUUGGGAAAUAAUGAUGAGUUAUCAACAGCUAUUUUAAGGCCCAAAUACCGUCCAAAUCGCUUGAAAGUGGAGGAAGCAGUUAAUUAUGACAAGUCUAUGGUGACAUUGUCAUCGGCAAAAAUGAAUGAGCUUAAUUUGUUCCAAGCUGAUUAUGUCUUAUUGAAAGGAAAGCGACACAAGAAAACUGUUUGUGUUGUCCAAUCCGAUGACAACUGUCAGAAUGAUGUGAUCCGUAUGAAUCGUAGUGUGCGUGAAAAUUUACACCUUCAAUUGGGCGAUAUAGCAACAAUUCAAGCGAUUCCAAAGCUCCGUUAUUGCAACCAAGUAGAGAUGUUGCCGAUCGAUGACACCGUCAAAGAUUUGGUUAAUAAUAUUUUUGAAGCUCAUUUGAUACCUUACUUUCUCGACGUUUUUCAUCCAAUCCAUUGUGGAAAUACAGUUUCAGUACGUAAAGGGAUGCGAACUGUUCAAUUUAAAGUACUUGCAACUGAUCCGUCACCAUACUGUAUUGUAGCCGAGAACACAAGUUUGCAUAUUGAACACGAUCCAAUUACCCGUGAAUCGAUUGAAGGACAUUUGAAUGAUAUAGGUUAUGAGGACAUUGGUGGUUACCGUAAACAAUUGGCUCAAAUCAAAGAAAUGGUUGAACUUCCAUUGCGACAUCCAUCACUUUUCAAGCAAAUCGGUGUUCGGCCUCCACGUGGUGUUUUGAUGUACGGUCCCCCUGGAACAGGCAAAACAUCGAUUGCACGUGCCGUAGCUAAUGAAGCUGGUGCAUUUUUUAUCAUGAUUAACGGUCCCAAAAUCAUGUCGGUCAUGCCUCAUGAAUCAGAAUCACAGUUACGUAAAGCAUUUGAAAGUGCGGAAAAACAUGCGCCAGCCGUUAUUUUCAUCGAUGAACUUGAUGCGAUAGCACCAAAGCGUGGCAAAUCACGCGGUGAAGUUGAGCGUCGAAUUGUAUCGCAACUGUUGACAUUGAUGGAUGGAUUGAAAAAAAGCGCUAACGUUAUUGUUAUGGCGGCAACAAAUCGACCGAAUUCCAUCGAUAAAGUACUCCGUCGCUUUUGUAGAUUCGAUCGUGAAAUCGAUAUUGGUAUACCGGACGCUACUGGCCGAUUGGAAAUACUUCAAAUCCAUACGAAAAAUAUGCUCUUAGCCGAUGAUGUGGAUUUAAAGAAAAUCGCUGCUGAAACGCAUGGUUAUGUAGGCGCUGAUUUAGUAUCCAUAUGCACUGAAGCGGGUUCACAACAAAUUCAUGAAAAAAUGGACUUAAUCGACCUCGAUGAUGAUGAAAUCGAUGCAGAAGUGUUAAAUUCAUUGGCGGUUCGAAUGAACGAUUUCCGUUUUGCAAUUGGAAAAUUCACACCCCCUUCAUUCAGAGAAACCGUUGUUGAGAUACCAAGUAUCAGUUUCAAAGAUAUUGGCGGCUUGGAGAGCAUCAAAAAGGAAUUACGGGAAAUGAUUCAAUAUCCUCUUCAAUAUCCAGAAAAAUUCCGGAAAUUCGGUAUGAAUCCAUUGCACGGUGUUCUACUCUAUGGGCCACCUGGUUGUGGUAAAACAAUGUUGGCUAAGGCCAUUGCAAAUGAAUGCGAUGCAAAAUUUAUUUCGACCAAAGGAUCUGAAUUAUUAAGCAUGGGAUUUGGUGAAUCCGAAGCCAAUGUUCGUGAAAUUUUUGAUAAGGCUCGUGCAGCAGCUCCGUGCGUACUCUUCCUCGAUGAAUUGGAGAGUAUUGCAAAAUCACGACAUGAUGGCUCUGGAAGCGAAGCUGCUGAUCGUGUGAUCAAUCAAAUUUUAACUGAAAUGGAUCGUUUGGGUGGAAAUAAAAAUGUUUUUGUUAUUGGCGCCACGAAUCGACCGGAAAUUCUCGAUGCGGCCAUGUUGAGACCAGGGCGAUUGGAUCAAAUUCUUUACAUUACAUUACCGGAUGAAAAGUCGCGUCUCGAAAUUCUAAAGGCAAAUCUACGAAAGACCCCACUAGCAAUGGAUAUUGAUUUAGCAUACAUGGCAGAGGCUACGUUUGGCUUCACUGGAACAGAUUUAACUGACAUUUGUCAACACGCCGUUAAAUUGGCCAUUCGAGAAUCAAUCGAAGCCGAAAAAGCUCACAUCAAUAUGAAAGAUGAAGAUCCAGUUCCAGAGCUCACGCGGACACAUUUUGAGGAAGCAGUUAAUUUUGCACGUAAAUCUGUCAGUCUUAACGAUCUCCAGAAAUACGAACUGUUUGCUGCAAGAUUGAAACAUGGCGGUGGUGUUGCUAGAGUAUUCCAUUUUCCAAUAAAUAAUAAGUCACAUGAACAAUCAAGAUUCGGUGAUGAUGAUGUUUUGUAUAACUAAGUGGAUAUCGAGUUAGAUCAUACCCAAAAAUACAUGAUAUGACAACAUUAAUGGAACUACUGAACAAAAUAGUUGUCUUCACGGGACAUAAAAGUUUGUCGAGAAAAAAAAAAGAUUUUAUUCAUACAUUCAAAUAAAGAAUAUUCAAAUUAAA